UCUCUGAAUUUAUUGAAUAAAACCCGUUGGAAUGGCAACCGUAGCAGAAUCAUCACAAGGAGAGAAUCCAAACUUAGCCCCACCUAGUGAUAUUGUUGUAAAAUCGAAAAUCCGAGAAGACGCCACUCCAUGGAUCGAGUACGCAGUGCAGCAAUUUAUGAUUUACCAGAAGACCCUUGAAGAGUCGGUCGACUCUGCGAUUCAAACCUCCAGAUCUCGCCUUUCUCAAAUUCGUCUCACUGCUUCUGCCCAUUUUCAUCAAACCAUUGACUCUCUUCAAGAUCUUAAAUCCGAGUAUGCUGUUUACGAGAGCAUCCUCUUUGGAAAGGUUAAAGAGGGUAUUGAUGUUGCUGCUUCUCAUCCAUUGAUUACGAGCGGAGUUGCCAUUGGUUUAGGAUCUGUAGUAUUGAAGAGGCCAAGACGUUUCUUGUAUUACAAUGCCCAGCGUCUUUUGAUGAGUGAAGAGACCUUGACUUCAAGGGCUGAUGCUAAAGUAAAGGAAUUGCGACAAUCAAUUGACCGCCUGAAGGCUGAAAGUGAGAAGUUGGAGAGGGUAGCAUCAGUAGCAGAAGAUGAGUUUAUUCGUGGAAGGACAAAACUCAGGCAAGCAGGCAAGCAGAUCCAAGGUGUGAUUCGUUCAGCUUAUAAAAUUGAAAGACAAGCAGCAGGCUUGAAAGAUAUUCUUGGAGAACUCCCUAGAAGAGAAGCAUCUAGAUUUCGGUCACAUGUUUCCAACCUUGCUUCAGAGGCAAAGCGAGAAAGGAAUGCUUUAACGAAGGAGGUUUCAAAAAUCAGUAAUUAUGGAAUCUCUGUCUGAGAAUUCUCACGUCCAUAUUCUUAUUGUUACAUGAAUAUUAAAGUCAGAUAUACCAUCUCUAAUAUGUAGAGAUGCUUCCUUAUAGAAAUUCAAUUUUGAAAUUUGGUUGACACUGAGUGAUGACGGCGUGUACAAACCGAAUUAUGUCCUGGGGGAUUCUGUGGAAACUUGGAAGAACUUUUCUUGUAUUUCAGUUUUUUCUUCUGUACGGGGGCUUUAACAUCUAAAAUAAACUGCUCUGCCGAAAAUUAAAGUUUUUAAGGUA